AGGAGGAUCCUGUUAUGCUGUAAAUCCUCUUCAUCCAAAGAUUUUGAGGUGAUGAAUGAAAUGAAAUGUUUUAAACAAAAUAUUCUUCAAGCUUAAAAGAUGAAUGGACAAAGGGUUCUUAGCCUAUAGUCAGUUCUCUACUUCUACUUUGAUUUGAAGGUAAGCUUUAGCAAUCAUGUAUACUGCUAGGAGGAAAAUUCAAAAGGAAAAGGGUGCAGAACCUGAUGAAUUUGAGGAGUCUGUGGCACAGGCCUUAUUUGAUUUGGAGAACACCAAUCAGGAGCUGAAGAGUGAGCUCAAAGAUUUGUAUAUCAACUCUGCCAAGCAAGUUGAUAUAUCUGGAAAUCGCAAGGCUAUUGUUGUCCAUGUUCCGUACCGCUUGAGGAAGGCUUUCCGAAAGAUUCAUGUGAGGCUUGUUCGAGAGCUGGAAAAGAAGUUCAGUGGAAAGGACGUUGUUAUGAUUGCCACAAGGAGAAUAUUGAGGCCACCAAAGAAAGGCUCAGCUGCAGUUCGACCCCGUAGUCGAACAUUGACUUCUGUCCAUGAGGCCACCUUGGAAGAUGUUGUCUAUCCUGCAGAGAUUGUUGGGAAGCGAGUUAGGUACCGUGUUGAUGGCUCGAAGAUAAUGAAGAUCUAUCUGGAUCCUAAGGAGCGGAAUAACACAGAAUACAAGUUGGAAACCUUUGCUGGUGUUUACAGAAAAUUUUGUGGGAAGGAUGUGGUUUUUGAGUACCCUUUGUCAGAGGCUAGUUAAAUUAUUGAAUGUUGAACUAAUUUUUUUGAUUAGGGUAUGCAUCAGAAUAUUAUUUUGGUUGGUAUCAUAAAUUUUUCUUUUUGUCCUAUUCUCUUCAGAUGAGUUAAAUUUUGAUCAGCUGAAGAGAGCCUUGCUAUACACUUAAAUGAAAUUGAGAAGCAUUGGUCACUUUAUCAUA